CCCACCUCCUCUUUGCAUGCCGGUUCCCCAUCCUUCAACAGCCAUCCUCCCAGCCCCCUCUUGCCCAUUACGCUCCCGCACACUUCCACGCGCUCUCGCUCCCAGCCCCUAGGAGCGCGUAUCUCCUUUGGUUAAUGGCUGUGGGUAUCUGUGGCGCUGGUGAGCGCCUGCCUGCCUUGCCCCGAUGGUUGAUAAGCUGCCUCGCCUCACUGGGCAUGCCCACUCCGUUUCUAUAUAAAACCCGUCAGAGUUAAUCCGUGGACAUUCCCCGGCUCCUUCCACCCCGCCCUUGUCAUCGGAUUGUAGCGGAUUGCGCUGCUCGCUUGGCCUUACCAUCGCCAUCUGUCCUAGAGCUGUUGCUGCCGUGCUGCAACAAGCAUCUUCAACCUGAAUUAUGUUGUCUUUGGACCAGAUCCACACAGAGCUUCCUACAACACCCAAGGAACUGGACUGGGCAGAACAGGGGUUUCUACCUCCAUUGAGCCCCCUGCGCUGUGCCUGGCGCCGGGAUGUGCCCCUGGACUGCAAGAUCAGUCCUGAGGAUGCACAGGCACGAGCCUGGACUGCUUACUACUAUGAUCUGUUGCAGUGCACCUUGCAGCAGGAGGGGCUACCAGAGACAAUUGACCACACCAAGGAGCCUCGAACAGGGUUUGGGCCAUCAGACAUAACCAUCUGCGUCUUGGGCUCCCCCACUUCAUACCUGUCUGUGCUUCUGGAAGGUGGCAACCAGUGUCCUGGUAACAUGCUGCUGUGCCUGUCUCCAGCCUGGCUCUCCAAGUCGCCAUCAGAAUCCCACCCGGGAGAGUCAUCCUUGCUGGUCUUCAAGGCUGUGACUUUUGAAGUUGGUGGCCGCACAACCCUGGAAGAAUUUGCACCCCCACGCCGCGUCACCUACUUCACAGGUUGCUUUGGGCCCUGUAAGGUGCAGGGCCAGUCGGCGGCCGAACUAGCCCGAGACCUUGACUGCCCCACGGGGGGCUCAGGAGAGCUGGCUCGCCUGCUGGAGGACAAGCUGCUGACGCGGCAGCUCAUGGACCAGCAGGCACAGGUGGCUGUGCCCCCCACCCUGGCCUUCACCUUCAAGCGCCCGCUGCCUCUGCGAAGUGUGACAGAGGAGCAGCGGGUCCGCAUGGUAGAGCUGAGUGGCCGCGAGGGGCAAGACAACCUGCUUCAGGAGGAAAUCACUGCCUUCUUGCAGAGUGGCACCAUGGAGACCUACAGCCAGGUGGUAGUGAAACCAUCAGGCUGGCGUUGGAACGGAGCCCAAGCUGUGUCAUUCCAUGCUAAGUCAGAACAGGGAUGUGUCCUUCAAGCUGUCCUUACACUGCUGGAGACCCUGGAAGAGGAGGAGAGCAUUUUGCUGGAGGCCUUCAUUCCCACUGCUCGUGUUAUCCGACCUGGGCCUUCUGACACCAAUGGCUCUCCAUGCAAUUCAUCACAGCCCAAUCUAGCAGUCCGAAUAUGUGCCGUUGUCUGCAGAUCGCGAAAGGACCAGCCUUUACUGAGCAAGGUAGUGUGUGGUGUGGGCCGGACAGACAAGCCCCUGAAGCACCAGGCCACUGUACCCCAGACUCUGGAGAGCAGCUUACGACAGUGGGGGCUAAAGGAUGAGGCCCAGAUUGCAGCCAUCCAUGCCCAGAUAAAGCAGAAGGCAGAGGCAGCCAUGAAGGCCUUCAUGGAUAUGGAAGCUGGACUGUCAGCUGAGCAAAGAGGUGGUCGCCGAGCACAAACUGACAUCAUUGGUGUGGAUUUUCUCCUAAGCUCAGAGGAGCAUGUGCUACAGCUGGUGGCCCUGGAGAUGAACUCACAGCUGUGCCUGGAGACCUGCUCUGUCUUUGAGUCCAUGGGCCGAGUGGUGGGGGCUCCAGCGGGCGAGGCAGCACGGCCCCUGGUGGAGACGAUGAUGCGUCGUGCACAGUGCCACCUGAUGGAGGGCAAACACGUGUUGGUCAUUGGGGCCGGCGGAGUCAGCAAAAAGUUCGUCUGGGAGGCAGCCAGGGACUACGGGCUAAAAAUCCACCUGGUGGAAUCCGACCCCAACCACUUUGCCUCCCAGCUGGUGCAGACCUUCAUCCACUAUGACACCACAGACCACAAGAAGGAUGAAGAGCAUGCCCAGCGCCUGCUGGGGCUUGUGCAGGAGCGGGGCCUGCACCUGGAUGGCUGUCUGUCCUACUGGGAUGACUGCAUGGUCCUGACGGCACUGGUGUGCGAAGGGCUGGGCUUGCGCUGCAGCUCCCCAACGGCCAUGCGGGUGGCCAAGCAGAAGAGCCGCACUCACCUGCACUUGCUGCGGCGGCGCAAGGAGGGGGCUCGCUGGCCCUCAGCAGCCCUCUAUGCCGUGCCCUGCUGCCACCUGGAGAGCCAUGCGGAUGUGGAGCGAGCCGCGAGCCACAUCAGCUUUCCAGGGGUCAUGAAGCUAGAGUAUGGGGCAGGGGCUGUGGGGGUAAAGCUGGUGGAGGAUGCCCAGCAGUGCCACCUGCACUUUGACAAGAUCUCCAGGGACCUGCAGGAUGACUCGGACCAUCCAGGCAUCGGGCUGGGCUGGGGCAACACCAUGCUGUUGAUGGAGUACGUCUCUGGCACAGAACAUGACGUGGAUCUGGUGAUGUACGAAGGGCGGAUGCUGGGGGCAUUUGUGUCUGAUAACGGGCCCACCCGGGUGCCCAACUUCACCGAGACGGCAGCCUGCAUGCCCACAUGUCUGCCCCCUGACCGUGAGGCACAACUCAUCCGCGCUGCUUACCAGUGCUGCUUAGGCUGUGGCCUCACCGACGGUGUCUUCAACGUGGAGCUCAAGCUGACAGCGGCUGGCCCCAAGCUCAUUGAGAUCAACCCCCGCAUGGGUGGGUUCUACCUCCGCGACUGGAUCCAGGAGAUCUAUGGGGUAGACAUCAUGCUGGCCUCUGUCAUGGUUGCCUGUGGGGUGGCCCCGCUGUUGCCUGCUCGCUCUCGUCCUCGCACGCACCUGGUGGGAGUGAUGUGCUUGGUGUCGCAGCACUUGCAGGCCCUCAAGUCUACGGCCAGCCUGGAGACGCUCCAGGCCCUGCACGAGCGUGGCGUCAUCCGCCUCAACCUGCUUGAUGACGAGCUCGUGUCCAGCGAGUAUGAGGAGCCCUACUGCAACGUGGCUUGUGCUAGCUGUAGCCGCCGCGAGGCCUGCCUCAAGCUGCUAGGCAUCUGCCAGGUGCUGGGCAUCGACUCGCAGCACUACCCCGUUGCCCACUUCCUCUCGCACUUCAAAUAGCCUCGGAGAUAUGGCUCCCUCCAUCUGGAGCUGAGCUUGGGCCCACUCCAGAGAGGGAACCUUGCAGCCCCCCCUCCUAAAUUAUCCUUCCCUUGCUCCCAACUCACCACUGGGGUUUGCAUUAUGACACAUUGACACCCUGUUUCCUACAGUCUUUUUCAAGUGGCUGCCGUCUCCCUCAGGAAGGAGUGUGGCACCAUCUGGUGCCAUCUCUGGUAAGUGCCACGCCCACACCACCCACACUCUUGAAUGGGCUCACGGCCUCCUUUGGUGGGGGGGAUCCUAUUAACAGCAGAGUCCUGCCCUUCUUUGCCCCUUUAUGUGAAGUCAUCUCUCUUUCCCUUGAUUAGCAGUUCUGAUUAAUUCUCCCACCCACACCUUGGUUCCUGCAUUGUUCCUCCCCACCAUCAUAAACAGAGGCCUCUUCAUCUUCCCUUCUUUCCACUGGGGAAAAAGCUGUAGGUUCCUGGCCGGGGCGUCCCUUGGAGAGAACCUAUCUCAUGCUUCCAGAGUCGGGAAGAAAAGGGAUUGGGUCAGAUUUUUGCAGUCUCCAUCAGCCGAUACUUCACCAGUAAUCUUACCGUGAGCACCAGUUUUUUCCUACUGAAACCCCUGUAUGCAGACUUCAUCCAGUUACAGGAAAGUCCCCCAAACACCUCUGCCAAGCCUACUGUAACAAAAGGACCAUGUGCAAGCCUACAGUAACAUGUUUACAGAGCAGUAGAAUGUAAGAGAUUAACAAGCUAGUUUUGCUGGCUCAGCCCCUGCAAACCCCUGCCAUAACAUCCUAGCGCCGCGUGAUCUUUUUGGGAACUAAUGAGCAUGCACAACUCUGUGCUCAUAAAAUGACCAUAAAAAAAUAAGAAGGCGGCAAAUAGAGCAGCUUGGUGGCAAUCUCUGACAUGUCUGCCUAAAGCCGAGAGAAGCCACCAACCAAGUUCUCAGUGCUUUCAAGAGAACCUGCUGUAACAAUCUCCCUAUCCCUACAGUGUACCAAGAAACCAUAUAGUAGGAUAUUACUGUGAUAGCACUUCCAGGAACUCAACAGUAAUCCAUCAGCAUUUGAGUCUCUCCAGUGAAAGAUCACAGCACCAGCAGUUUUGACUUACCUUAAAAUAAUCAGCCUGCCAGUGGAACCCCUUCCAGUGCCCCUGAAGACCCUAUACUACUAAGAAACCAUAGUGCCAGCAUUCCUGAGUGUUUCUGCAAUUGCAAGCCACAACCUUCCACCACUCUGAAUUAUGAUGAAGUAAUAUUGCUUUGUGCAUAGUUAGUAUCCCCAAAUAAGUAAUACCAAAAUCCUACCAGCAUCCCUGAAGUCUAAAACCAGCAUAAAGAAAAAGCAAAAACAGUUUCAACUGGCAUGGUGCAAAAGCAUCUGUCUGUUUAAUACACUGGUGGGGAAUUGUGACCCUUUGGAUGUUGUUGGAUUACAACUUCCAUCAGCCCCAGCCAACAUGGCCAGUGGUCAGGGAAGAUGGGAGUUGUAGUCCAACAACAUCUGAAGGGCCACAGGUCUGCCUGACUUGUUUAAUAGCUCACAGGCGUCCUACUGCUUCUGUGGAAAAAAAGGAAAGUUGCAGGAUGGAGCACCUGAAGGGUCUGGGAUGACAUUCCAGAGCAUGUGAGGCUUAAAAUGGCAGGCAUCUUGAUCCCAAUGGGGGAGAGGGGAAGCAGGAAUUGGGAGCUUUAGGACGCCCAUGAUUGGGUGACUAACAGCAGGACCAUUAGUUAAGUGUGCCCUCCUAACAUGGGUUGGUGACCCUGCCUGCCUAUCCUUCCACCACGUCUGUAACCAGGCAGGCAUAGUAGUUCCUCCCCACAAUAAAAUGCCAUGUAAAAACA